CCUUUUUCAAAUUUUAGGGUUAAAAAAGACUGUACUAUAUAUAUAUUUUUCUCUUGCCACCAUGCCAACAGAAGAAGAAGAGAGUAACUCAAAAUCAAGAAGACCAUUUUCUUCUAAUGCGCCAAUGAUAUCAGAUAAUAUAAAGCAUCCCAUGCGUCGAGAUUUAGUUCUUCCUAAUUUUGAUAAAAAUAUAACUGUUGAAAAAGCACGGUUUGAGCCAACUGUCAAUGAUGACCAACAACAGAAUGACAACACUAUAAAGGAGAGCACUGACGCGCCCAGUCUAAAAAUAUCAGCUUCAACACCGACAAUUACAAAUACUAAUACCAAUAACAAUAAUAAUAGCACUACUACUACUUCUACCACUAUUAGUAAUAACAACAACAAUAAUAAUAAUAAUAACAACCCACAGCCUUCCAGCAGUGAAAAGAGACGACAAGCGAAAAAUGAGAACAGUCGUAAGAAACACAAAAAGCCCAUAUUACAUGCUGCAGCUAGUCCUGCUGAAGUAUUUCAUCGCAAUUUGGUUGACGCUGUGUCCAAUGUAGAAGAUUCAGAUGAAAAUGAACAUUAUGUGUACCCUUACAGUGGAGCUGAGGGUCAUCUGACAGAUAUACAAUCAUCGGGUAUGCACAGACCACUCUCGGUUCGAUCAACGCCAAGCACUCUGUUUCACGAGUCAACAAGGCAGAGCAUCAACAGCAGGAUACCCACACACAGUAAGAGUAUUGGUGAAUGGCUAAGGCGAGCGAUAUCACGACAGAAUAAGCCGCCAGAGGAAGAGAUAGAGGACGAGGAAGAGGAGAGUUACUAUAGACGACCCAAACUACGCAGUACAGUCAAAGACCAUUAUACCAAUCUAGAUAAAAAGGGUUUACUGAGUCGCAUGCAGGACAGCUUUAGUAACAAAAAGAGGACGAGCACCUAUCCGCCUACACACUACUAUGGCGAUGUCGCCGGUGGAUAUACAAGUGACGAUGAGGACGCACCACUGCUACGAACUCGACAGCAGAAGAGACCUAGACCUGUCAAGAGCACCUAUCGGCAUGCCAUUUAUCAUUCAUUAUGGAUUUCACUCUUAUUUCUAUUAUGCAUCCUCUGCAUCAUCGUUUAUAAUGCAAAGCCUCUGAUGGACUUGAACAUCGAAAUCGGUCGGGUACUGGCAACGGAUAAAGAGCUCAUCUUUGAUCUAAAGGUGACAGCAGAGAAUUGGAAUUGGUGGGUGAUUCAUAUAGCUGACGCGGACAUCAGUGUCUUUGCGUUUAGUGAUAUCGUGCCUCUAGACAUCCAACGGGUCGAUCCAGCAGAGUAUCUGGGCAGCUUGACCCAUUUUGAUGAACCUCUGUCUAUACCUUCAAGUUUACAUAAACGAAAACAAGAAGCCAUCAGUCAAAUUCGUAUAAAGUCGCCAGGUGCCGAUGCAAGCGGAAAUGAACGAUGGUCUCGUAUCAUCCGAUACCCGUAUGGACUUGUUGUUAGAGGUGUUUUGAAAUAUAAAAAAGUGCCAAUGUAUCAUACACAGUCCAUAACGAUAUGUAAUGUUACCCAGGUAAAUCCGAUCACAGGCACCGUCUGGCCUGAUCCAGAUAGAACAUAUUGCCUUAGCCAAGAUUCGCUCUAUUAAAAAAAAGAAGCUGAUAAUAAAAAAAAUAUAUAUUUCAACUACAAAAUCUUCCCCCUUGACAGAAGUGAAUCGGCUCUGUAUGUGUCGUAAUGACAUAUGUAUCGCCUUUCCAAUGAAAGAUGAAUACCCUAGAGUCAGACCAGCUUCAACAUGACCCAGGAAACCACCUUCCUAAAUGGCUUGAUAACUCUCGAUAGCCUUUUGUAUCUUUUUUACUUUCUUCACUUUUCUUAUGAUUCCGUCCGAGUAGAGUUUUUAUCAUAGAGCUCAUUAGGACGUAAAAUCAAUCAAGCUGGAGAUAUGUAUCUCUGUAUUUGUAAAUAAACAGCUUAAAGAUCAUAUUUUAAAGAUAUAAGUCGAAAC